GGACUGGAGUACCCUCAUCCCUCCAUGGCUCCGACAACGGCAGUUCGGGCUGCAGGCAAAAGGCCAGAACUUUAUGCUGGAAGACUCCACCUUCUGGAUCUUCGGGGGCUCCAUCCACUAUUUCCGGGUGCCCAAGGAAUACUGGAGGGACCGCCUGCUGAAGAUGAAAGCCUGUGGCCUGAACACCCUCACCACCUACGUUCCAUGGAACCUGCACGAGCCAGAGAGAGGCAGAUUUGACUUCUCUGGGAACCUGGACCUGGAGGCCUUCGUCCUGAUGGCCGCAGAGAUCGGGCUGUGGGUGAUCCUGCGUCCGGGCCCCUACAUCUGCAGCGAGAUCGACCUGGGGGGCUUGCCCAGCUGGCUACUCCAAGACCCUGGCAUGAGGCUGAGAACAACCUACAAGGGCUUCACCGAAGCAGUGGAUCUUUAUUUUGAUCACCUGAUGUCCAGGGUGGUGCCACUCCAGUACAAGCAUGGGGGACCCAUCAUUGCUGUGCAAGUGGAGAAUGAAUAUGGUUCCUAUAACAAAGACCCCACGUAUAUGCCUUACAUCAAGAAGGCCUUGGAGGACCGCGGCAUUGUGGAGCUGCUCUUGACUUCAGACAACAAGGACGGCCUGAGCAAGGGACUCGUCCGCGGAGUGCUGGCCACCAUCAACUUGCAGUCGCCACAGGAGCUGCCGCUGCUGACCAGCCUUCUCUUAAGUGUCCAGGGGACUCAGCCCAAGAUGGUGAUGGAGUACUGGACCGGGUGGUUUGACUCGUGGGGAGGCCCUCACAAUAUCUUGGAUUCUUCUGAGGUUUUAAAGACGGUGUCCGCCAUCGUGGAUGCUGGCUCCUCCAUCAACCUCUACAUGUUCCAUGGAGGCACCAAUUUUGGCUUCAUAAAUGGAGCCAUGCACUUCCAUGAAUACAAGUCAGAUGUCACCAGCUACGACUAUGACGCUGUGCUGACGGAGGCCGGAGAUUACACAGCCAAGUACAUCAAGCUUCGAGACUUCUUUGGCUCCCUCUCAGGUGCCCCUCUCCCUCCCCCGCCUGACCUUCUUCCCAAGACUACGUAUGAGCCGAUGAUGCCGGUUUUAUACCUGUCUCUGUGGGACGCCCUCAAGUACAUGGGGGAGCCAAUCAAGUCUGAAAAGCCCAUCAACAUGGAGAACCUGCCAGUCAACGAGGGGAAUGGCCAGUCCUUUGGGUACAUUCUGUAUGAGACCACCAUCACCUCGUCUGGUGUCCUCAGCGGUCUUGUGCGUGAUCGGGGGCAGGUGUUUGUGAACAUGGUAUCCAUAGGAUUCUUGGACUAUAAGAUGACGAGGAUCGUAAUCCCGUUGGUCCAGGGUCACACGGUGCUGAGGAUCUUGGUGGAGAAUCGUGGGCGAGUCAACUAUGGGGAUAACAUCGAUGACCAGCGCAAAGGUUUAAUAGGAAAUCUCUAUCUGGAUGACUCUCCCCUGAAAAAAUUCAGAAUCUACAGCCUGGAUAUGAAAAAGAGCUUCUUUCAGAGGUUCGGCAUUGACAAAUGGAGUUCUCUCCCAGAAGCACCUACGUUUCCUGCUUUCUUCCUGGGCGGCUUGUCAGUUGGCCCCUCCCCUUCUGACACCUUUCUGAAGCUGGAGGGCUGGGAGAAGGGGGUCGUAUUCAUCAAUGGCCAAAACCUUGGACGCUAUUGGAACAUUGGACCUCAAAAGACCCUCUACCUCCCAGGUCCCUGGUUGGACAAAGGAAUCAACCAGGUCAUCAUUUUCGAGGAGACGAUGGCAGGCCCGAUGAUACAGUCCACUGACACCCCCCACCUAGGCAGGAACCAGUACAUUAAGUGAGCAGCACCGCCCAGUACCUCCUGCUGGGGGCGCAGGCGAGCGCCACCUCCUCCGGUCGGCCCUAAGCCCCAUGGGCUGCUCCCUGGCACCCUCUCCUGCAGGAGUGUCUCCUUCAGUAGCAACCUCAGGGACCAAGGGGCUCCUGUCUGCCCCCCGCCUCAGUUUGAAACCCUAAACCCGAAGAGAAAUGUGGGAUGGC